AAAUGAAAUACAAAAAUACGAUGCAAUGUUGUCCACACUCUGUUGAUAAAGGGCUUUGUAGUAGUAUUUUGUUUUUUAUUUGUUUUGGAAAUUUUGACAAAAAGUUAUUUAUGGUUGAAGGCAAAUUUGGAAUUAAUAGUGAAUCGAGUAUAUAAAUUGUUGUUUUAUUCAAUGCAAACAGUCCUAUCCAAUG